AUGUCCAUGAAGGCCGCAAGCAAGAACUCACGUCUUGCACAAAACAGCGAGAGUGAUUCUGAUUUUGAAGAUGCCCAAGAUGAAGUAGCCUUCUUGGGGCCUGGCAGCGACGAGGUUUACGAGCUGCAGGAAUUAGAUCAGCAUAAAACCCAUCGUCAGCAAUCCCGUGGGCACCAUGGUCUCGAGGAAGAUGACGAUGACGACGAUGACGGCCUUCAUCCUAUCGUGCGCAGAAACCGGCGCCUCAGCAGCAGCACUGCCGCCAGUUUCCAACUCUACACCCCGGACGAGGAGCAGAAUGUCGUCCGAAAGUUCGACAGGCGAUUGGUCUUGUUCCUGUCUGUUUGCUACAUGAUGUCUUUCUUGGACCGGUCAAACAUUGGCAACGCGCGUCUUGCCGGAAUGGAACAGGAUCUCCAGUCCAGGCCAGCCAGAAGUGAGUGGUACGCGUGGUCUUUGACGUCCUUUUAUAUCGCCUACAUUGUAUUUGAGUGGAUGAGUCUGCUCUUCAAAAUCGUACCGGCUCACAUUUACAUAUCCCUCAUCAUCUUGUCCUGGGGAAUUGUUGCCUCAUUGCAGUCAAUCGCAGUUUCAUAUCCCGCCCUCAUAUUUCUUCGCACGCUGUUAGGGAUAGGGGAAGCAGGCUUCUCGGGUGUGCCCUUCUAUUUGUCUUUCUUCUUCAAAAAGGAUGAAUUGGCAUUCCGAACAGCACUUUUCAUUUCCGCUGCCCCGUUAGCCACAACCUUUGCAUCCUCAUUGGCUUGGAUAAUUCUGAAAAUCGGCGAGGCAGGCCCAAUUGCCCCUUGGCGUCUGUUAUUCUUGAUUGAAGGGUUCCCUUCCGUCAUCAUUGGAGUUGUGGCCUGGAGCGUCAUUCCUGAUCAUCCCCAGGCCGCCUCGUAUCUCACAGAGAGGGAGAAGAAAGUCGCCCGCCUACGCCUCCGGCAUGAGAAGCCACGGACACGAGCACAUAAAGGCGCCAACUCCAAAAGAUCUCCGCUAAAAUCCAAAGAGGUGCUAUCUGUCUUUGCCGACCCGAAAGCCUGGAUCACAGCACUCAUGUUCUUCUUGACGAACAUGGCCUAUUCUUCCCUGCCAGUCUUUCUUCCCACUAUUUUGCAUGAAAUGGGCCACACUGCAUUGGAGAGCCAAGCCUUGAGCGCACCACCGUACCUAAUUGCAUUUCUCACAAUCCUCGUCACUGCUCAUUUGUCGGACAAGAUGCAAACACGAGCUCCAUUCGUCAUUGCCCACGCCUUGUUGUCUGCUUUGGGCUAUACCGUCAUGGCACUGGCGCGGCCACUGAACAUCAACCCGAUGCUGAGAUACCUGGCGGUGUAUCCCGCGGCAAGCGGUUUCUUCAAUGUCGUCGUUCUCAUUAUUGCCUGGUCCAUCAACAACCAACCUACCGAGUCCAAGCAGGGCGGCGGCUUUGCGCUCAUGCAAAUAAUUGGCCAGUGUGGGCCUUUGGUAGGCACGAGGCUGUAUCCCACCAGCGACGAGCCAUUCUUUGAACACGGCAUGUGGACCUGCGCUAUAGCCAUGUUUGGGGUGGUUGUGCUAGCCGCAAUACUGCGGUUCUACUUGAUGAGGCAAAAUAAAAAGCUUGACCCGGGUGGCAAAGAUGGGAACGACGAACUGGAUGCGGAGGAAGCACAAGGCCUCGUGGAAGGCAGCAACGAGGCCGCCAGAGUUGAGGACGGUCUGGUCGGUUUCAGAUUCAUUCUUUGA